AUGCUCUCUCAAGUUAAAAUUGCUACUGAUCAAGAGAAAGAAAAAGCUAUAGUUCUCUUAAGGCAUCCUUUACAUAACAGUUUAAAAUUUGCUUAUUUAAUGGUGGAAAAUCCCAAAGAACUAUGGGAUAGCCUGAAAGGAAGAUAUGACCACCACGAAAGGGUACUCCUUCCUUCAGCACAGUUUGAGUGGAUAAACCUGAGAUUUCAGGAUUUUGAAUCUGUUAGUGAUUAUAAUUCAUCACUAUAUAAAAUUGUAUCAAUAUUGAGAUAUUAUGAUCAACCAACCACUGAAGUACAAAUGAUAGAGAAAACACUCUCUACAUUCCAUGCUAACAACAUUGUAUUGCAACAGCAAUGCCGCGAAAGAGGUUUUGCAAAAUAUUCAGAGCUUAUUUCUACACUAUUUGUUCCUGAAAAGAAUAAUGAUCUUCUAUUGAAGAAUCACAACCUAAGACCAACUGGGUCUCAAGAAUUCAACGAAACAAAUGUUGUAGAAAGCUCAAAUCCGCCUGAUACAAAUGCUGUUCAUAGAGGUGGAUGUGGAAAGUAUAAUAACCAUGGCAGAGGUCGUGGAAGUUUCCGCGAACGUAGCCGUGGUAGAGGCCAUUUCCCCCUAGAAAUAACAUCAAAGAGGGCAUCAACAAGGAAACAAAAAUCAAGCCACUACAAAAGGAAAAGACACAUGUUAUAG